UUAAGAGUUUGGUUUCGGGGAGUCCGGCGAGAAACACAACAGUUACAUGGCAGCCUCCGACCGAACUGAAUCGAAGUGGCUAGCGUUCUCCUUAACAUUGGCCGUCGCCACUAUCUCCUCCGCCGUUGCCGUCUCGGUGUAUUUUUGCAGAAGAAACUCGAGAUUCGAUGGGAAGGAGAAGGUUCGAGAGCUGGAGAAAGCUCUCAAGUCGAGCUUGGAAAAGUGUGCUUCUGAGAGGCAAGGUCGCAUCAGGGCCCAGCAGGCUUUGAGAGAAACACUAGUCAAAAAUAAUUCUGAGAAUUUGCAGUUGAAUUCUUAUCCCAUGGCACCUAUUGGCGUGGUCCGGUCGUGUUACUCUACUAGGAAUGGGACACCUAGGCAACCUUUACUUGUACCUCUUGCUCGGGCACAGUUGCUAUUUUAUCCAACUCAUGUUCCUCCGGCAUCUCUUGAGGGCCUUGAAGAAUAUUCUCAUUGCUGGAUUAUUUAUGUCUUUCAUUUAAACACUGAUCUUGAAAAGCUAUGGAAGGAUCCAUCUAACUCAAAAUUUAAGGCAAAGGUGAGAGUACCAAGAUUGAAAGGCAGAAGGAUGGGAGUAUUUGCUACAAGAUCUCCACAUCGCCCAUGUCCCAUCGGUCUUACAGUUGCAAAGGUGGAGGCUAUCCAAGAACAUAUGGUUCUAGUUUCGGGUGCGGAUCUGGUUGAUGGAACACCUGUCCUGGAUAUCAAACCAUAUUUGCCAUACAGUGACUGCAUCCAAGAAGCAACAGUGCCGGCAUGGGUAAAGGCAGACAAUUUGUUAACUGUAACUUCUGUGGACUUCUCUGAGGAUUUCACAACUGCUCUAGCCGAUUGUUGGACAAAACUGGGAAAGAAGUCGCUCUAUGCAUCCCCUGAUGAAUUUCAAAGCUUGAUCAAGCAGGUGCUUUCCUGGGAUAUUCGAUCAAUAUCCCAGCGUAGUCGACCACAUAAUUCCCUUGUGAACACAGAAAAUGGUACAAAAAUUGGCGCUAACUCUUUGGAUCUUGGCAAUGAUGGAGAUGAGGGAGCUGCCAACAGUGGAAAUGAGGAGGCUUCUUCAGGUGACAUUAUUUAUCAUCUGGUUUUAGAAGGCAUAGAUGUUUCAUACAGCAUUGAUUCUGAUGGCAAUGUUCUUGUUAAGAAUGCCAAACUUCAACCCCUCCCAAGUAGUUCUGGAAACAGUGCAAAUUCAUGACGGGAGAGCUAAGCAUUAUUAUUUUUUAGCUUCAGGGGCUGUCGCAAUGCACAAGGCUCUUGGCUUUCCAAUAGUUAGGAAAGGGCUAUAUUUGUAUGCAUGUUCCUCAAAACGCAUGACUUUUCGAUCACAAAGGAGCUACUUGACCUAUU